UCCUCCUCCCUCUAUCUACCCAGCCCCCCUCCCCCGCAACCUCCCAGCACCAGCACCAACCAGCACCACCCCGCCACUUCGGCUCUGUGUCCCCCCUUCCAGUCGGGAUUCCGCCACUGUGAGGAUGAGGAGACACUCGCUGGGCCUCCUCUCCGUCUCCGCUUCCAUCGGCAUUCGCAACAACAACAAAAGCAGCAGCAGCAGCAGUGGGAUCAGCAUCAGCAGCGGCGGCGGCGGCGGCGGGGGCAUCACCAUCAGCAGCGCUGGCGGUGGCGGCGUUGCGGCAGUCUGCUCUCCGCCGCGUCAAUGUGACGACCCGCACGGUCGUUCAAGCGCGUGCCCAGCGGCUGACACCGUCGCAGAAUGCCAGGGGGCCGCAAAGGACUGGUGGCGCCUCAAAACACUUUCCUGGAGAACAUAGUCCGCCGCUCGGCCGACGCAAACUUCCUGCUGGGAAACGCGCAAAUUGUCGACUGGCCCAUCGUGUACAGCAAUGACGGCUUCUGCAAGCUCUCUGGCUACCACCGCGCAGAGGUGAUGCAGAAGAGCUGUACGUGCAGCUUCAUGUACGGAGAUCUCACCGACAAGGACACCGUUGAGAAAGUGCGGCAGUCCUUCGACAACUACGAGAGCAACUCGUUCGAGAUUCUGCUCUACAAGAAAAACAGGAGCCCCAUCUGGCUCUACGUGCAGGUGGCGCCGAUCCGCAAUGAGGCGGACGAGGUGGUGCUCUUCCUCAGCACCUUCCGGGACAUCACCCCCUUCAAGCAGCCCAUCGAGGACGAGAGCACCAAAGGCUGGGCCAAGUUUGCGCGCCUGACACGAGCCCUCACCAGCAGCAGGAGUGCCCUGCAGCAGUUGGCUGCCAGCGCGCACCGCGGGGAGAAUGGACACAAGCCGCUGCGUCCAGCCGAGGCUCUGGCCCUCCACUCGGAGUGCCUGCCCCAGUACAAGCAGGAGACGCCCAAGACUCCCCCGCACAUCAUCCUCCACUACUGCGCCUUCAAGACCACGUGGGACUGGCUCAUCCUCAUCCUCACCUUCUACACGGCCAUCAUGGUGCCCUACAACGUCUCCUUCCGUAGCAAGCAGAACAACGUGGCGUGGCUCGUGGUGGACAGCGUGGUGGACGUGAUCUUCCUGGUGGACAUUGUGCUCAACUUCCACACCACCUACGUCGGCUCGGCCGGGGAGGUCAUCUCGGACCCUAUGCUCAUACGGGCCAACUACCUGAAGACCUGGUUCAUCAUCGAUCUGCUCUCCUGCCUGCCCUAUGACAUCAUUAACGCCUUUGAGGAUGUUGAUGAGGGCAUCAGCGGCCUCUUCAGCUCGCUCAAGGUGGUGCGUCUGCUGCGGCUGGGUCGCGUGGCGCGCAAGCUGGACCACUACAUCGAGUACGGCGCCGCCGUGCUUGUGCUGCUUGUGUGCGUGUUCGGCCUCGCCGCGCACUGGCUCGCCUGCAUCUGGUACAGCAUCGGCGAGUUCGAGGUGGUGGACGAGGAGCGCCGCAGCAUCCGCACGCACUCGUGGCUCUUCCAGCUGGGCCAGAGCGUGGGCCAGCCGUACCGGCUAAACGCCAGCAAUGGCACGCAGUGGGAGGGCGGGCCCUCCAAGCGCUCGGUCUACGUGUCGUCGCUCUACUUCACCAUGACGAGCCUCACCAGCGUGGGAUUCGGCAACAUCGCGCCCACCACCGACGGGGAGAAGAUCUUCGCCAUCGCCAUGAUGAUGACCGGAUCCUUGCUGUACGCCACCAUCUUCGGAAACGUGACGACCAUCUUCCAGCAGAUGUCGGCCAACACCAACCGUUACCACAAGAUGCUGAAGAGCGUGCGCGACUUCCUGCAGCUGCACCAGGUGCCCAAGGGGCUGAGCGAGCGCGUCAUGGACUACAUCGUGUCCGCCUGGACCAUGACCAAGGGCAUCGACACCGAGAAGGUGCUACAGAUCUGUCCCAAGGACAUGCGCGCCGAUAUCUGUGUGCACCUCAACCGCCUGGUGUUUAACGAGCACCCGGCGUUCCGGCUGGCGAGUGACGGGUGCCUGCGCGCCCUGGCCGUCGAGUUCCAGACGGUGCACUCGGCCCCGGGCGACCUCAUCUACCACGGAGGCGAGAGCGUCGACGCGCUCUGCUUCGUCGUCUCGGGCUCCCUCGAGGUGGUGCAGGACGAGGAGGUCGUCGCCAUCCUGGGCAAGGGCGACGUGUUCGGGGACGUCUUCUGGAAGGAGAGCACGCUGGCGCAGUCGUGCGCCAACGUGCGUGCGCUCACCUACUGCGACCUGCACGUGAUCAAGCGCGAGGCGCUGCUCAAGGUGCUCGACUUCUACACCGGCUUCGCCAACUCCUUCUCGCGCAACCUCAUCCUCACCUACAAUCUCCGCAAGCGGAUGAUCUUCAGGAAAAUCGCCGACGUCAAGCGGGAGGAAGAGGAGCGGCAGAAGUGCAAGAACGAUGCGCGCUUCGACCUCCCGGCCGACCACCCGGUGCGGAAACUCUUCCAGAGGUUCAAGCAGCAGAAGGAGGCAAAGCUGACGGCCGAGAAGCAGCAGCUCCGCGCCGACGUCGAGCGGCUCGCCGAGCCGUCACGAUCGCCCUUCCUCAACGGCGCGCUGAGGUCCAGCGUCGUGACCAUCACCGAGACGUCGCCCACUCCACUUCCGGGAAACCAGCUGCCGCCGGUCACGCCGGCGAAGCCGAGCACGCUCUCGCUGCUCCGCUCCGGGGCGGAGGAACUCAGGUCCCCCGCGCCGGUGGCGGUGGCGGCUGUCGCGGCGAGCCGACCGCUCGUCGAAACGACGGGAAAGGUCGGAGGUCGGGGAUGGGGCCGGUUAAAGGGGGCGUUGUCCAGCACGGAGCAGAUCCCCUGCGGCGGCGGCGGCGGGGGCGGCGGCGGGGGCGGCGGCAUCGGCGGCAUCGGCGCCUGGAACCGGACGUCUCCUGCCGAAUCCAUGGAGAUGCUCGCGGAGGCGGUGCGGGCUCGGUCGCCCGACAAGGGGCAAUCGCCCGACGCCUGCGUGCAGACCCCACGCGGAGCGCUCACGCCCGACAAGUCGCAGCUCAAGAAGAUGGACUCGUGCGACAGCGGCAUCACGUGGAGUGACCAGCGGCUGGACCGCGCCGGCGUCGGCCGCAGCCCAACCAUCGCCGGCGCGGCCGACUCGCGGCAUGCCUUCUACCCGAUCCCCGAGCAGACGCUGCAGGCCAGCGUGCUGGAAGUGCGCCACGACAUCAGCGAGGACGUGCGUUCGCUCGGCGACCGGAUGUCGGUCAUGGAGACUCAGCUGGCCGAGAUACUGAGAUUGCUCGGCGGAGGGGCGUGCACCCGGGCCGCGUCGCCCGCACGCGGGGGGCGUCCACCGAUGACCGACGAAGCUUUCCGGCCGGAGUCGCCCACGACAGGCCACUCCGCCGUAUGAUGAACCUGCCCCCCCCCCCCCCCCCCCCCCGGUUACGGACCACGUGUCUUUUAAGUUGAAUACCCGUGCCAAAUUAUAAUUACUUUUUUUACUUACAUUGUACAGUUGUAAUCGUUCAGCAACUAGACAUGUACGGCGAUGUUGAGCACACUAUAUUUUAUUUUUAAUUGCAAAUGGAAAAAAAAAGCAAUUAAGCAAAGUAUAUUCAUAAAUUGCGUUUAUAUUGUCACACGUACUGAAUUGUGUUGGGUCAAGAGGGGGGGGGGGGGGGGGUGUGGGU